AUGCAUUACUUGAAAUCCACCCUCCCAUGUAUCCUAGCAGUGGCUACUCUUGCCUCGGCGGAGACAACAACAGGCACAUUAGCAAAUAGCGCGGUGAAUAGUGCAUGUAGCUCAGAAAACUACCAUACCAACUACCCCGAAAACCCAUCUCACCAAGACGCCGAAUUGAUCCGCCAACAAAACUGCGCUAAUGCUAAAACAAACACGCCGAUAUCAAUAGCUGCAUCUACUAUACGCUCUAGAAGAGCUGCCGCGACAGGCAGCACUGAUAUUGAUGACGGAAUUGAUAUCUCCGACUCCGAGGGUGAGAAUGAUUCCACGGAGGGGCAUCCGGUAUUGUCGUAUAGUGGACUGGAAGCCAAUUCAAUCCCACACCUGGAAGAGGGGACUGCUUCUGGUUUGAAGACAGGGGGUUGGUUGUGUUUCCUGGGACUUGCAUUGGGGGCUCUUUUUUAG